GUGGUAUGCAUGGAGAAUUAUCAUGCAGGAUCACUGGUGCAUGAGUCCGUGGUACUGGUUAUUACCAGUAGGCCUACCUACGGCAAUGGUGAACCACCAGAAAAUGGAAAAGUAAAUAUAAAACAUUAACCUUUUUAUGUUGUAGGUCUCAUCCUUUGAGACUACCAUGUAAUCAAAAAAUUUAGAUUAAUUUUUAACAUUAAAGAUUAAUUUAAGUGUAAAGUUUAUUUACAGGAAUCAUAAAAGUAAUCAAAACACUGAGAUUUGGGUAUUAUGUCAUAAUUAUGUCUCUUUUGAAAAAAAAUUUAUGUACAGUGCGGUGAGCCUAGCCCUAGGCUGGGGUACCGCGCUAUAUAAGACGUCUUAUUAUUAUUUAUUCUUUACUUGUAAAUAUUGAAAAUUAUAUUUAAAAUGUUAACUGCUUUUUAGAAUACAUUUUAUAGAAAUGUUUUAAAAAGUUUACAUUAUAAUUUUUUUUUAAAUAUCAAACAUUGGGUCAUAAUCAAAUUUUUGUCUUUUAGAGUUUUGCUGCUAGUUUGUUGCACUUAAAAAGAAAAAACAACCUGGUAAAUGGGUGAGUAGAACUAGGCAAUGGUAUUGUAUAGCGUGGUAAUUAUAUUUGUUUACUUUUUAAUAGAAACACUUUGAUUCUGGAUGUUAACAAAAUUAAAUACCGGGUACAUGUUGCAAGUAUCAAUACUUUUAACUAAUUAUUUAUGGAAAUGGUAAUAAAAAUAACUAAAAAAAUUAAAAUUGUUUGUUUGCUAUAGGAAGGUAACAGAUUCAGGUCUGUCCCUGGCAACAUGCAUUAAGAGGAGCAUUUUCCCUGAACAGAAAAUUUCAUUAGCUACUAAUGUAGACAAGCCAAGAAACUCACUGGCAAUGGCAACAGGACCACUUGGCAAUAUCAGGUAAUAAACAAAUUAUACUAACAUUGUCAAGAUUUAAAAUUUUAACUAGUUUGGUGGAAAAAAGGGGUCAUGAUAUAAUUUAUGUUGGCCCACUGCAACCAAGCUGAUUUUGAAAGAUUAACAUGUGAUAAGCUUUAUAUAAAAGAAAAAAAAGCAGACAUUGUGACGGAGACUUUUGCCAGAUGUUAAAAUGGAGACAUGGAGACUUUUGACAGAUGUUAAAUGGAGACAUAACAGUCAUUAAACAAGACAAAUUUAAAUUGUAGAAUUUAUUUUAAUCCAAUUUUUAUACAGGUUUGCAGUUUUUUCACUGGGAUCCAAUGCUUACCCACAUUUUGCUAUCUUUGGAAAGUACAUAGAUAAAAUAUUCAAAGAACUGGGAGCAGAAAUGUUGGUUGAAUAUUGCACAGGCGACGCUUUAUAUGGCCAGGAGCAGAGCUUCAGGACCUGGUCUGAGGAAGUAUAUAGAGUUAGUGCAUGCUUGUUUUCAUAUUAUGUCUUUACAGAAUUUUCAUAUUCAAUAAUUUAUAUGUCUAAUAUUCUGGUAGUGAAUAUUUGGGCGUUGUCAAGGGUGUAUGAUUAUCGCGACUGUUGAGUUGGCGUGAAAUACUUGCCACACAACAGGCUAGUUUGAUUCAAUCAACAAUAAGCUUCAAGGUACAUUUGUCAUUUAUUUAUGGCAGUAUUACAAGAGCAAUCCGUUUCACAGUUAAAUUGCAACAUGUAUCCAAAUGUAUGGGCAAUAUUCCAAUCAACAAAACAUAUAUCACCACACAUCAAUCUCACUCUGCAACUCAAAGAUCCAAGUUGCCUGGAUCUCAGUGACAUAAUACUCGGUGAACGUAAGACUGUGACUCAUGUGAACUCAAGACUCUACGUAGCUAUCACCCAGAUCCUCUAUAUAUAUCCCUCUCGAUCCUCGUCAACAAUGGAUUGCACACCUCGAUCACUCAACAUUGUCCAACAUUGUGACUUGAUAGUUCACAUUCACUCACAAGACCCACAAUUAAACACCCAUGCUAAUUUCAUGAACUAGACAAUGUCAACCUUGUUAAAUACUUUGUAAGUAAUCUUUUAUGUGUACAUUUAAAUUUUAACUAAACUAUUUAGAACUGUAAGAAUUUCUCUAUUAUAACCAUUAUUUUAAAAAAAAAAUUCAAUUUUUUGCCAUAGGCUGCAUUUGAUGCUUUCUGCCUCGAAAAUGUUGAUAUAAAGGAGGCAAUAGGACCCCGAAACAUGGGUGAUCAUAGCUGGUCACUUGACAAAGUUAGGAUUGUGCUUGUGGACAAUGGCAAAGAACAAGAUUUAAGCCAUGGUAUUUAGCUUAAAUUGGCUUAUAGCAUAUUGUCUAAAUGGUGUAAAGAUGUUUAUUUUGUGUCCUCAUUAGAAUUGGGAAAAUUGCUUAAAACAUUGUUAAUUGCAAAGUUACUCAAAUCAUUUUUAAAAUUUGUAUUCAAUAUCUGUCUCUUAUAUCAAUUGAGAAAUACAAAAUAUUUAUUUACAUCAAUAAAAUGUGUUUUCCAUAUAGCUCAAUCAAUUUUUACUUCAGUAUUAUCCGAAAUUCAUGGCAAGAAAGUAGAGCCCUUCAUUUUGAGUGAAAGAACCCAGCUACAGGCCCAAGAUUCAAAGUAAAGAAUAUUUUCUAUUUAACUUUUUAAAAUUUAAAAGACAAAAAGGUAUUUAUCAAUGUAUUUAUCUUAUCUGUACAUCCAAAAUUAGGUAGAGCUAAAUCAAAGUUAUCUGAAUAGAAUUUUUUUUAAAUUUUAUAGAUGGUAAAUCAAAACAAACCUGAUAUUCAAAGGAGGGCUUGAGCUUAUAAAGGAAAAGUUCUUGGUGAAAAAUGUCC